AUGUCUCCAACAGUCGAAACCAUCGGCAACGUCCUCCUAGCAAUUUCCGCCUGGGCCCUCGUCAUCACGCUCUGCACCGUCACCCUUCCCAUCGACCCAGCGCCACCCGUCAAAAAAUUCUCGCGCAAGCCUGGCGAUACCCGGACUGACGAGGAGAUUUUACGGGCCAGAUACCAGGCGAAACAUGGCGAAGACGGCUACGAGAGACUUGAGGCAGUGAGGCGUCGUGGGAGACAACCGAGGGCGGCGAGGGACAGGAGAGCUGCGGAGGCGAGGGCUGAGGAUAUGGUGGCUCAAACGGCGAACGUUCGAAGGGAGAGUAGAUUAGCUUGCGUGGACAGAUUGAUGAGUACCUAUCAAUCUGGGACCAUACCCUUGGAUGGAGAGCGUGGGGAUGAAUUUGGGAGUGGGCAGGAUGAGGAGUAG